AAGUGGAAUCUAAGUCGAGCAACUCACCUUAACUUCGCAAGGGGAAGUGCGUUUUCGUAAAAAUUUAAAACUUUAACCGAAGCCCAAGUGAAUUAGGACAAUGCCAUUGGACCAAGUUAUAAUCGCCUACAUGCACAGCAACAACUGGAUCAACGUCCUCCUGCUAAGAUCGAUUAACCUCUACCAACCCGUCCUGGUCGAGAGUUCCAGUGUGUCCGAGUUGAUAGAGGUCAGCCCCAAUGGGAUCAGCUGGCACGAGCAGAACGUGGAGUACCGCAUCAUGGUGAACGAGUACUUCAAUAUUGCCACCAAGACGAAUGGUGGCGAGGUGCCCUAUUCGCUGGUCGAAAUGCAGGGCAAUCACGUGUCAUUUGGCUUAGUUCUCCGGAGGAUUAGGCACCGCGUUUUGGAUGAGCUCACCAUUGAAGUGGAACAAGGGCAGCUGCCAUUGCGUAUUUCUCCACACAUGCCCUGUUCCCUGCACUGCAGCAACUGUGCGAAUGAAAUCAUUGGACAAAGGCAGUAUGAUCGGAUCCAGGAGGUUCCGAUGACAACCAUGAAGCCGCACCAAUUCUUCUGCUCCCGCACCGGAAUUCCAGUGUAUCCCUCGGAGGAGGAGCUCUACUACGGCCUCAACUACCUGGUCGUAUGCCCCGAGUUGAUGGGCAACGGAGUCAUCACCACACGAGGUCGUCGUCGCGUCCAGUGCUCCCGUUGCAAGCAGUGCGUUGGUGAAAUCAUUGCCAGGGAUGUGUGUGUGCAGCUGUAUGCAGAUGCCUUGCGAUUUGUCACCUCGGAUUCCGCGCUCGAACUCAAGGAGAUCUUUGGCCAUGUGACACCCACCCAAGUCAUGAUGCGCCUGAUGAACGACGCCGAAACCUAUUGCGUGGAUCAGAGUCGCCUCUUCCUCAAGGCGGUGCGUCCAGAUGGCCAGCUGCAGCUACUGCACAUGCAGGUGGACACCAAACAGAUGCACAUUCUGCGCUCCGACUUGGAUGUAUCCGACGAUGUGAAACCCAGUGCUGACUUACCCCCGGAGGCCGACACCAGCAGCGAGAGUGACUUGGACAUGAAUCUAAGCGAUACAAGCAGCAGCAACUCCGUACCCCAAACAGGAAUUGACGAAAUGGCAACACCACCACGGCCCACAACCCCCAAGGGAAGUCCUCCAAAAGCCGUGCAAUAUGUGCGGAUGCGCGGCUUUCGUGGCUGGUGCGUUAAGUAUCUGUUCUCCGGAAAUGAUCGCGAUCUGAUCGAAAACCACGAUGUUAUCGUGACUUGGCGCGAAAGAACCCGCCUUUUGCACAUCUCCUACACGAUGAUGACAGAUCUCUUGGGCGAGUUUAAUGCCAACGAGAAUCUGUUGGCCAGUUUGGAGAAGAUGUCGCCACCCGUGAAGACCGACCAUCCCCGACACAGCUGCAUAAUCUUUGAGCCCGAUGAGGAGUUCUAUGCCAGGCAGGAGCGAUUCGCCAGGAUUUCUCAAUAAGAAUGAAGUACAAAAUAACCCAAAAAAAAUAUCAUAUUAAAAUUUAGAUUUUCUUGCAUAAA